UGGGCGCUUUAAACGGGAUGAUCUCUGAGCGCACCUGACAGUUGUACGGUCGAGACUCGAGGCGAGCACAAGGACUACUCUGUUACUCGAGCUACUACGGGACAAAACAUGAAGCGGAAUCAUGACUUCAGUUCGUCCGAUAGCGAGCUGGACGAAAAUAUUGAAGUUGAGAAGGAGAGCGGUGACGAAAAUGGGAGCCUAAAUUCUCCGCUGGGGCCGAUGUCUCCCUCCACGACGACUCAGGUCCAGGCGAGAAAGCGUCGGCGUGGGAUCAUUGAGAAACGUCGCCGUGAUCGCAUUAAUAACAGCCUGACGGAACUGCGAAGGCUCGUUCCCAGCGCCUUUGAAAAACAGGGUUCUGCCAAACUGGAGAAAGCGGAGAUUCUGCAGAUGACGGUGGACCACCUCAAGAUGCUCCACGCCGCGGGAGGUAAAGGCUACUUCGACGCGCACGCGUUGGCCAUGGACUACCGCGGCCUGGGCUUCCGUGAGUGCCUGGCGGAGACGGCCCGGUACCUGAGCAUCAUGGAGGGUCUGGACGGCGCCGACCCGCUGCGCAUCCGCCUGGUGUCGCACCUCAACAGCUACGCCAUGCAGCGCGAGGCCCACUCGGGCCUGGGUCACCUGGGCUGGGGCUCGGCCUUCGGCACGCCCCCGCCUCACCUGCCCCCCCACCUGCUCAUGCAGCCGCCGCCGCCCCCGGGGGUGGUCAUGGCCCGCAGCACCGGCAGCCCCUCUUCAUCAUCAUCAUCAUCAUCUUCCUCCGCGUCGCCGCCUGCUUCGUCCUCAUCAUCGUCAUCCUCGUCGCUGUCCUCCACCACCCCCGGCAGCCCGCCCUCCUCCUCCGACGGCCCGCUCCUCUCCGGCAGGCUCGGCGGCGGCGUGCCCAUGCCCGACGGCGGCGCCCAGACGGUGCCCCUGAGGGUGCCCCCGACCCCCUCCAAACUGGCGCCCCACCUCCUGACGUCUCUCUCGGGGCUGUCUGCGUUCCCCUUCCCCCUGGGCGCCUUCCCCCUGCUCUCCCCCCGCGCCCUCUCCCCCUCCACCGGCUCCGCCAGCCUCGGCAAGCCCUACCGGCCCUGGAGCAUGGAGAUCGGAGCCUUCUGAACUCUCAACUCUGACCUCCGACCCCUUGCGUACGGGCGAAAGAGACUGAGCGUGCCCCGCUGAGCGUGCCCCGUGACCCUGACGGACGGCGUUGAACCCAGCGGCGGUCCGUGGCGCACGUGUAGAUCCUCCAAUCAGAGACAGGCACAGAGCUGCUCCGACUGCCCAGCUAGACAACUUCAAGUUGCCAUGACAGUCAGACAGAAAAAAAUGCCGCCCCCCCCCCCCCCCCCGUCAGAUCCUCCUCUGUGCUGAUUUACUGAUUUGAGCUGUGAGUGUUUCUCAGGCCCCCCCCCU